AACGAUUAAUGAUAACUUUGCUCAAUCUCUCAAUUUUGACAUUAUUAAAAUAACAGAAAAUUUGCUCUCUCUUUAUAAUAAUCAAUUUUAUAAAGUGCCAUCUCCUGAGAAUCUUAUUAUAGGUUUGCAUUAUAGUGGUUACUCUGCUUCAUAUAUAGAAAUUGAAUAUUUCAACUAUUUAUAUUCCAUAUUUCAAUCCAUACAAACAACGUUGACCCUCAAUUCUGAAGAUUAUAAAACUUCAAAUGAGAAUCAUUUAUUAAAACAAGAUAAUUAUUCUUUGGCUAUAGAAAAUAUUGAUUCAUAUUUAAUUUAUGAAAUUCAACCCACUUUUAGUAAUAAAAUAAGUAUGUUGAAUGAUACAAUUAUCGAAGCUAAAGAUAUUCGUGAUUCAGUUGAAGAAGUCAAAAUCUUGUUAGAAGAAAUUGAAAAAUUUAGUAUUCGAUUAUGUAGUGCCUAUGAAAUCGGAGUAAAAGAAGUUCCUUAUUCUCUAGAAAAUAAAAUAAAAUUUCCAG